AUGAGCAAAAGCACCUGGAAUAGAAACCGUAGCUGCGUUUCCUAUAGAUCUGAUGCUUUGAUCGAGGGUUUGGAGCAUCUCCAGGGCUUGAUCUUGGAAGAUGGCCGUAAUGGUACCAUACAGUGCCCUCACAACCAGUGCUGUUUUGGCAUCUGGAACCUGACCCAAGGACAACCGCGAGCCAAGCUGCAAGGUUGUUGGUUUAGCGAAAAUGAACCCUGUGAUUCUUCAGCCUGUGUGUCUCAAACAGCUGCCCCCAUGUUAUCCUGUAGGUGUCAAGCCGAUCUGUGUAAUGCCCAUGUCAGCUAUGGUGGGCCAGGAGAGAACCAUGCGGAGUCCUUGCCUAGCCCCAGUGAGAUCUUCUGGAUCAUCGCAGCCUGCCCUGUUCUGUUCUUCCUGGGUUUUCUGAUUUUUCUAGUUCUAAGGCACUGGAAAGCUCCUGCAGUACUGCUAAACCCAGAAGAAGCUGGAGAGCUCACCAAGGUCAUCACAACCUCAGAGCAAAAGGAUAAGAGAAAAGUGCCCAGACAGAAGCUUCCAGACCUUCAGUUUCUGCAGGUUCUCCAUAAUGGGCAGUUCUCCAAAGUGUGGCAAGGGACCUUCCACCAGCAGCCUGUAGCCAUCAAGGUCUUUCCCCCUUUCUGCUACCGGCAAUUUGCAUCAGAGUGGGCUGUGCACAGCCUCCCACUGAUGGGACAUGACAACGUGGUCCAGCUCAUGGCUGCUGGGUGUGGAGGACCAACUGAGCAACAGGGUGGCCUUUUGGUGCUGACGCUGUACCCACUGGGAUCCCUGAGAAAUUUUCUCAGACAGCAUGUUUGCUCCUGGGACAUUUCCAUCCGGCUGGGAUCAUCCUUUGCCAGGGGCCUUGCUUUCUUACAUGGGGAGCAGUGGAAGGAAGGUCUGCAUAAACCGGGGGUGGCACACCGAGACCUGAGCAGCCAGAACGUGCUGGUGCGGGAAGACAGGACUUGUGCCAUCACUGACUUUGGCCUCGCCAUGACUCUGCCCGUGCACCAUGAGCGAUGGAGGGAGGGCCCUGCAGAAGGCAUCAUUCACAAGGUGGGGGCCCCACGCUACAUCGCUCCUGAAAUUUUGGAUGAAACGCUGAACCUGCAGGACUUAAGCUCCGCACUGAGGCAGGCGGAUGUCUACUCCCUUGCCCUGGUGCUAUGGGAAAUCCUGAUGCGAUGCUCUGCACUCUUCCCAGAGAAUAGUAUCCCUGAGUUCCAGCUGGCUUAUGAAGCAGAGCUGGGCAGCAACCCUUCGUACAGUGAGCUGCGGAAGCUGGCUGUGGAGGAAAGGGGGAGACCAGCUAUUCCAGCAUCCUGGAGAAGAUUUGGGCAUGUGGCUUUCUUACAAGAGAUCCUAGAGGACUGCUGGGAUCCUGAACCCGAGGCUCGCUUGCAAGCUGAAUGCGCCCAGCAGAGGCUACUGUGCCUGGGUGCUGAGGAUCUGGUGAAAGAGUACUGAGGUUGAAGCACUGAAUUGCUUUCCGUUCCACUUUGUUUGGACAUGAGCCCUUGCUUAGAAGACCUCUUCUUUGUUUUGUUUUGUUACAUUUAAAAAAAAAAUAAAAAGAAGAACUCUUCUGCCUCUUGAGAGCAGUUAAGAGGUCCUGGAAUAACUUCUGCCACACAUGGCAUCCCAACAGGGCCCUUUCUGGGCCACAUCACAAUGGAAUGGCUGAGUUUCCUAGCAUUUUUAAUAAAUUCUGCCCUCUUUACACAA